ACAAAUGAUAGCCGGCCAGUAGAAAUUAUGAAGUCCAGGAUGUGUAGUACAACCUUGUAAAAGUCAAAGCUGUACUACAAAAUUUUAGCAACAGAGUCUUGUUGUCAUUGAUCCUGAAGCUUAAUCUUCAUGAAGUACACUCCUAUCCAUUAUAAAGCGUACGACGAAAAUGUUAAUUGUUUUAUAAUGUCAAUUGUUUAAACAACAAAGUUAAUUUCCUCGAGAGCUUCAUUGUCGUACAUGGCUUCUCCCGUGGACCGCCUGUCCAAGUCAACUUUCUUGAUCAUACUUCUCCUUUCAGUUUUAUCCCUCCAAUGCUUCAGGAUUGGUGCUCAUGGCGGCGAUGAUCAAGAAAGCAGUAGUGAUGGUGACAACACAGAUCUGCACUCAAAAGGGCUAAUUCUCGUCAAAAUCUGGUGUUUGAUCAUUUUCUUUGCUAGCACAUUUGCUGGUGGAGUCUCCCCUUAUUUUUUCCGAUGGAACGAAAGCUUCCUACUUUUCGGAACUCAAUUUGCUGGAGGGGUGUUUCUGGGAACUUCUCUUAUGCACUUCCUGAGCGACUCAACCUCGACUUUUGCUGAUCUAACAACAAAAUCUUAUCCAUUUUCUUUCAUGUUGGCAUCCGCGGGCUAUCUUCUGACCAUGUUUGGUGAUUGCAUAGUGAUCUUGGUCACAAAGGGUGCUGAGAAAGAUAAUAGAGUCGAAGUUGAAGAAGGCAGGGCAGCAUCUGGGGGAUACGGUGAAGAAGAGGGAAUGCAUCACGACCCAGUUUCUGUGAAAACGUCGUCAGUUGGGGAUACCAUACUUCUCAUCCUAGCUCUGUGUUUCCACUCAGUUUUCGAGGGGAUUGCUGUUGGAGUAGCGGCUACCAAGUCAGAUGCAUGGAAGAACCUGUGGACAAUUUCACUGCACAAGAUAUUUGCGGCAAUUGCAAUGGGGAUUGCCCUUCUAAGGAUGAUACCAAAGAGGCCAUUUUUGACGACAGUAGCUUAUUCAUUUGCCUUUGCUGUUUCGAGCCCAAUUGGGGUGGGCAUAGGCAUUGCCAUCGACGCCACUACCCAAGGGCGCACGGCUGAUUGGAUUUUUGCCAUCUCCAUGGGAAUCGCCUCUGGCGUUUUCAUCUACGUUGCCAUCAAUCAUCUCGUCACCAAAGGCUUCAAGCCGCAUGCUAAACUCUACUUUGACACUCCAUUUUUCAAGCUUCUUGCGGUGCUUUUAGGUGUGGGAGUCAUAGCUGUUGUUAUGAUAUGGGAUUAGUUAGUUACUGUUCCAUUGGCGAGAAAAAUGAUCAGCACGGAAAAAUUACCUUGUAAAUCAACAUUUGAUUGAUUGCUUUCAAAGAUGUAUUUUCCUUGUAAAUUUGGGAGUGUAAUUUCAUCAUCAGUUGCUAAAUGUAAAUACAGCAGAUGCAGCUACUCAAUUGUUCACGAACAAUUGGACGUGCAUUAACUGCAAUGGUUCUUUGCCUGGACGUUAAAUUGGUGGUUGUAAAGCAAUGCAAUAAGCUGUAGAAAGUCUACUUCCAUACCAAAAAAAAAGAAGUUUCUACGGGCACAGUUUGAUUUUGCACUGCCCAUUCA